AUGAGAGGUAGGCUUGCAACUCGAGAUCGGUUGCUAUCUUGGGGUCUAAAUGUUCCGGUGAAUUGUCUCCUAUGUAAUGCUAUCCCGGAAUCAGCAAACCACUUGCUCACUGAAUGUGUUUUCUCUUCUGAGAUUUGGAGUAGACUCUUUCACCAUCAGAUUUUCACUCUUCCCACCUUAAUCGAUGAGAUUGUUUUGUGGUGCUACUCCAUCUCUGGAAACAGUAAGCUAAACACCAUCUCUAUGCUGCUUGUUCAUGCGACGGUCUAUUUCUUAUGGAAGGAGCGGAAUGCAAGACUUCACUCCUCUGUGGCAAAAACGACUGAUGCCAUUAUUAAGGAAAUCCAUCUUCUCAUAAGAGCUAAGCUUUUUGGUUUGGAUAGAUCCUUGCUAAAUCAGACCAGAUUAGCGACCUCGUCAUCUUCAUCUUCGGCUCUUAGUCAACAAGACUCCUUCCUGUCCAAUUGGUUCGCCUACUUCCAAGUUUAA